AGCGGGGGCGCUUGAUGGGGGGAGGUGCCCUUCCUCCGAGCCUCGCGCCGCGAUUGGCCCUCACCUGCGAGGAGGGGGCGUGUCCCGGCGGCCGCGGCGGCCUCCGCGGGUCUGGAUGGCGGGUGAGGGAGGUUUGGGGUGUCUGUCUCUCUCGGCGGCGGAGGAAAUCUCGCGAGGCGGCGCGGGCGGGAUUUGGCGGCGGCUGAGGCUGCUGCCUGCUUGCCUCCCACCCAACGAGGAGAACCUGGUGUUUGUGUGGAAGGGGGAGGCGGCGGCGGCAGGGAAGCGAGAGGCGCCCCAGCCCCGCCAGCGUCCAGCAGAGGAGCAGCCCCGAGGCGGAGGCCCGCGGAUCGGCUUGGGCUCGCCGCCUCCGCCCUCGGCGGGCCCCCGCUCCCCAGCCAUGGCCUCGGGCGACACCUUGUACAUCGCCACCGACGGCUCGGAGAUGCCGGCCGAGAUCGUGGAGCUGCACGAGAUCGAAGUGGAGACGAUCCCGGUGGAGACCAUCGAGACCACCGUGGUGGGCGGCGAGGAGGACGAGGACGAUGACGAGGACGACGAGUGCUGCGAGGACUGCGGCCCUCACCACCCUCCCCACCGCCGCCACCACCACCAUCACCACCACCACCACCCGCCCAUGAUCGCCCUCCAGCCGCUGGUCACCGACGGCGACCCCAGCGGCGGCGGGGCCGGCGGGGGCCAGCUUCACCUGCACCACCACCCGCACCACCAGGAGGUGAUCCUGGUGCAGACCCGCGAGGAGGUGGUGGGCGGCGACGACUCGGACGGCCUGCGGGCGGACGACGGCUUCGAGGACCAGAUCCUGAUCCCCGUGCCGGCGCCGGCCGGCGAGGACGAGUUCAUCGAGCAGACCCUGGUGACGGUGGCGGCGGCGGGCAGCAAGAGCGGCGGGGGCUCCUCGUCGGGCGGCGGCCGGGUGAAGAAAGGCGGCGGCAGUGGCAAGAAGAGCAGCAAGAAGAGUUACUUGACGGGAGGAGGCGGCGGCGGGGCCGAAGGGGGCGGCGGCGGCAGGAAAUGGGAGCAGAAGCAGGUGCAGAUCAAGACCCUGGAGGGGGAGUUCUCGGUCACCAUGUGGGCCUCGGAUGACAAAAAAGACAUUGACCAUGAGACUGUGGUGGAAGAGCAGAUCAUUGGAGAGAACUCCCCUCCCGACUACUCAGAAUACAUGACAGGGAAGAAACUGCCACCUGGAGGAAUUCCUGGCAUUGAUCUCUCGGAUCCGAAACAAUUGGCUGAAUUUGCAAGAAUGAAGCCAAGAAAAAUAAAAGAAGAUGAUGCUCCAAGAACGAUAGCAUGUCCUCACAAAGGCUGUACAAAGAUGUUCAGGGACAAUUCAGCCAUGAGGAAGCACCUGCACACUCAUGGGCCUCGAGUACACGUCUGCGCAGAAUGUGGCAAGGCCUUUGUGGAGAGUUCAAAGCUAAAGAGGCAUCAGCUAGUUCAUACUGGAGAGAAGCCCUUUCAGGCCAGGCCUCAGAGGUUAUGUAGGUGUGGGAUGUCUUUCCCUGAUAAGUCAUACUGUCUAGUUUGCCCGAUCAAGAUGUACAAACUGGACAACAUCAUAAACAAAUUUGCACAUUCGAAGGAUGUGGCAAACGCUUUUCACUGGACUUCAAUUUACGCACGCAUGUGCGAAUUCAUACUGGAGACAGGCCCUAUGUGUGCCCUUUUGAUGGCUGUAAUAAGAAGUUUGCUCAGUCGACUAACCUGAAAUCUCACAUCUUAACACACGCAAAGGCCAAAAACAACCAGUGAAACUGCAAGAAGGAAGUUCUUGAACUCUCAAAGCAUCUUUAACUUACAGGAGAAUGGUUGAGAAUAAAUAAGCCUCCCCCUUUGUAUAUUGUUUCUAGGAAAGAAUUUAAAAAAAAGAAGAAGAAAAAAAGAAGAGAGCCCUACCACACCUAAAAGACUUGCUUUUGAUAAAGUAGCAAAAUAAACUCUAAGGCCGCAUUGCUACAAUGCUUGAUUUUGCUCUGUAAUUUCGUUCCAAGAGCAUGGUGGUUUUGUAAUGCGUGGCCCCGCUUGGAGGAGGCAAACAGUUCUGGACUUGCAUCAAAGACAGUUCUUUCUACAACAGUGCUAAAAUUGGACUUUUCACAUUGUUAUAAAUAUGAAGCUCACCUGUUGCUUACAAUUUUUUAAUUUUGUAUUUUCCAAGUGUGCAUAUUGUACACUUUUUGGGGAUAUGCUUAGUAAUGCUAUGUGUGAUUUUUUUCUGGAGGUUGAUAACUUUGCUUGCAGUAGAUUUUCUUUAAAAGAAUGGGCAGUUACAUGCAUACUUCAAAAGUAUUUUCCUGUAAAGAGAAAAAAAGUUCUAUAGGUUUUGUUUGCUAUCUUAAUUUUUUUGGUUGUAUUCUUUGAUGUUAACACAUUUUGUAUAAUUGUAUCGUAUAGCUGUAAUGAAAUCAUGUAGUAACAAAUAUUAGAUGUGAUUUAAUAGUGUUAAUCAACUUAAACCCAUUUUAGUCACUUUUUUUGGGAAAAAUACUGCCAGAUGCCGAUUGUUCCGUGUACUUUCUCUUUGCCUGUUCAGUUAAGGAAAGUGGUGCUCAGUUGUAGAAUGUAUUGUACAGGCACUGAUCUUUUUAAUAACACCUGCUAUGUACAUCCCAUGUAAUAGAGUGGGCAACAAUAAAACAGUGGACCUGAAGAAAGAAUAUGGCAGAAAAUUAUCUGUAAGCACAGUCUAUUUUCUUCUGUUGUCGAGAUCAAAUUAUAGUUCUUUAACCUCCCAGAAAUUGGAAGCUAAAUAAAACUGAAGUUACCUUUACGUAUA